UAUAUCAUCCUAUGAUCCUUUUACUUUUCAUAUUUUAUUUGAAAAGAUUAAAUAUUAUAAACAUAUGUCUACAUGUGUUUUACUUUAUGGAUCAUUAGCUAACAGUUUAAGAACAAAUAUAAUUCGACACAAUUAAGAUAACUUGAUCCAACAAUGAGGCCUUCAAUGCACUCCUUGUUAAACAAUGGCCUUUAUACUGCUUUACCAACUUCAUUUUUUAAUAGUACGACACCUAGUUCUGAUUGUACAUUGCCAUCCGUUAAAGCGUUGUCAUUUUUUUUACCCGCAAUGAUUGGUGGCGCAUUUCUUAGCAUUACAACAAUCUUUGGAAAUCUUUUAAUUAUUUUGGCUUAUUUUAGAAACAAAAAAAUUAGAAGCCUAUCAAAUGUUCCAAUACUUUCAUUAGCAUUUACAGAUAUGUUUAUCGGAUUUUUUCCUGUAACCAUGAACAUUAUGGAAAUGUCUAUGGGGUACUGGCCUCUUGGAAAAGAAUUUUGUAAUGUGGCACUUGUUUUAGACUACGUUUCAAUUCAAUCUUCAAUAAAUCAUAUUGUUUUGAUUAAUUUUGAUAGGUAUCUUUCAAUAAAAUCUCCAAUGAAACAUCGAUUACACCAAAAAACAUCAAAAGUCAUUACUAAAUUAUUCACAGUGUGGUUAAUAGCUGUAAUAGUAUGGGUACCAUAUAUUAACAUUUAUAAACAUAUAGUAAGAAAAGAAAAUUUAGAUGAUAAACAAUGCUACAAGCAGUUUUCUAAAGGUCACGAUUUCGACUUUAAAAGAUACGCUUCUAUUACAACGUCAGUAAUAGGAUACUUUCUACCGCUCGGUAUUGUAAUUAUAACGUAUUGGAAAAUGUAUUUUAUUGUAAGACAACAACUCUAUGAAGUGCCUAAAUUUUAUUAUACUCUAAAUGCAGAAAGUAAGUUUUCUGCAGAAACGACUAAAUGGAAACAAUCAUUUCCAUUGUCCGAUGAAAUGCCAGAUAAUUCUGCCGAUAUGCAAAAAAAUCUAGAUUUAAUAAAGAAACGUAAGAGAAUACUUAGACAUAAAAAAGCAUUGCGUAUGAUUGCAAGCAUAAUAUCAGCUUUUGUAAUUACUGGGUUACCUCUUAAUGCACAAUGGCUAUUGGUUGGUAUGUGCCCGACAUGUUAUUACAAAACAUUAUUUGACAUUUGCAACUUUUUAACAUAUCCAAAUUCUACAGUUAAUCCUUUUCUUUACGCAUACGUAAGUCGAACAUUUCGUCUAGAGUUCAAGAAGAUAUUACUCUGUAAAUUUUUCAGAAAUUAUUUUUCUGAUUCUAAAUAAAACACGUCAAUUAUCGUGUAAAUUAUAAUCCAAAGAAACUAUCAAGAAGCGAAUCGACGUAAUUUACGCGUGCUUAUUCCUGUUAACGGAACAAUCACGAAGCGAAUCGAUUUAACUUAAUAUGGUUUCUGCAAUUCAGUUUAAAACGUGUUAAAAGCAUGCAGUUUAAACGAAAAAAAAAAUCAUACAUGUAGUACAUGUAUGGGUACAAAUAUAGAUUUUUUAUAAAUUAAAACUAAUUUCUAAUUGAAAAAAAUUUUAAAAUGUUUAUAAUUCAAAAACUAAAUAAAUUAAAAAAUCUUAUUUUACGUCAUGUCCAAGCAUUUU